AUGGAAUCAGUGCUUUUUAUGGGCUUGAACGCCGUCCGAGUGCUUAGCUUGAUUUCCCUCAUUUUGGUGUUCGCAAGCACCAUCGUGGUUAUGGUCACCAAUAUCAAAGCUGUCAACGCCUUCGAGGCAAAUAAGGGUUCAGACAACUCAACUAUGCUUAACUGCGAUUAUAUCGAAGGAAGCACAGUCCCAAAUCAGCCUGCUGGAGUUUUCUGGGCCGUCGUUGCCAGUCUUUUGAUUCUUUUCCAGACUAUUAUCUUGUUCCUUUCUGAAUGUACAUGGCCAAUGAAAUUCUUCGACAAAUACUUCCCUGUUCUCGGUACAAACUUUGGGUUAGGACCUCUAGGCAUUUUCCAAGCCUUGAUUUCCACGCAAAUACUCUCCCACCACGUUGAUGACUUCACCCUUGUAUCCGCCUUCUUCUUGUUUGCCAUCGCCUGCAUCAACAUGCUCCUUGGACUCAUCUUCCGCGAGAAAGCCAAGUCGAAACGAUCCAUCACAUCCUGGCGGGCAGAAUCCAAAGGAGUUCUUCCUACUUCUGUAGACAACCGUCCCGUGUUUGUCAGCGCCUCUCCAUACGUCGUCUCUCGUUCAUUUUCACAAAAUGAGAAGGCACCAACCAACGUCUACACCACUUUCCCGUACCCUCAAGGACAGCCCCAGCCAAACGUUGUGAUGGUCCACCAGGAAACCACCACGGAUGCAGCAUCCUACAAGAGCGCCGAGAAGGUCGGUUACGGCUUCGGACGCCAGGGUGAGAAGGCUGCCGGACUGCGUGGAUUUAUCCUGCAAAAGCCUGAGGAAUCUCUCCCUCGCUAUGUGACCCCUUCCCUUCCGUCUCAGGCUUCACUCUCCCGUAGUGCAUCGACUGUGUCUGGGUCCUCGAGCUUCUACGUGCCUGAGCGCCCAAAUAUGCCACCUACACCCCGUCGUGAAAGCACUGCGGAGUCCGAAGUCAUCAGCUCGCCCCCGACUUUCAAGUCAAGUCGUACCGCCCUCUAA